CUUCACAUUCCAGGCCUGUCCAGGCUCCUCUCCAAAGAUUUCAAAAAUGGAGCCUCUCACAACUAGUUAUCCUCUGAAGUACUCAGUGCCCAAAACCAGGGUCUUUGUUGUCUUCCUGUCAAUGCUUUUGUGCACCACCAUUCUCUGCCUGCUGCAACUAAGGUUUUUUAAACCUAAAAUCAAAGAUUUUUAUUCUUUUGAAGUCAAGGAUUCACGAGGAAGGAUCAUUUCAUUGGAGAAAUACAGAGGAAAAGCAACUUUGGUUGUAAACGUGGCCAGUUACUGCCAAUACACAGACAAAAAUUACAUCGCGCUACAAGAACUGCACAGAGAGUUUGGUCCCUCCCACUUCACUGUGCUGGCGUUUCCCUGCAACCAGUUCGGAGAAUCAGAGCCUGGUUCAAGCCAGGAAAUAGAAUCUUUUGCCAAAGGAAACUAUGGAGUAACAUUCCCUGUUUUCCACAAAAUCAAGAUCCUAGGAUCAGAAGCAGAUCCCGCCUUUAAAUUUCUAAUAGAUUCUUCAAAGAAAGAGCCUCGAUGGAAUUUCUGGAAGUACCUUGUCAGCCCUGAGGGCAAAGUUGUGAAAUUCUGGAGACCAGAAGAGCCAAUAGAAAGCAUCAAACCAGAAGUAAUAUCAUUAAUCAGGCAGAUUAUCAUGAAGAAGAGAGAAGACCUCUGAAAAAGCCAUUCAACACCAUGGGUAUACACAGCCUUUCUACAUCCCUGGGAAAUGUUGCUAGAAGCUGAACCAUCAGCAAGAGGAGGCCACCUCUGAGUUUUCCGUGAUGCUUUUGAAUGAAACAAUAUGGAGUGCAGCUAGCAGCUGUGGACACAUCAGGGACAACAGCCAGCUAACAUGCACUGCCAGACUGUUACAAUUCUCGUCAGUUUUGGCUGUUAGUUCCCCUUCACCACCAAACCCAUAGUUUUGUCUCCCAGAGCUCAGUCGUUGCUCACUUCACCAGCACGGCUUUUCCCUAAGGGGUCACUUACAUAAAAUACGUAUGUUGAAGCAACAUUCUCAACAUGCUAGAAAUUACAUUUCUAUAUUGUCAUAUUUAAUGGCAUACUGCUUAUCUCCUGCCUCACUUCUUUUCAGUGUGGUCAAUCCCACCCACACUUUCACUUCCCACUCCAUCAGUUUGCACAUUACAGUCUUACCU